UUUCUGCUGUGCAUGAGCUGCUUGACUGGGAGAUCUCUAGGCACCAUCUGCUUGCACCUCUUAUAAUGACUUGCGAGAAGUAAUGAUGCAGCUGGCAACCGGCAAUCAGUUCUUGGGGAGCGGCAUCUUUUUGUUGUAUCAUAUCAUCAGCCCAAGUUUUGCAUCACCAACUCAGCAUGUUUUAAAAAGAAGUGAAGUGGCACCCAGCAAACCUAAAAUGAAACUAGAAGAUAUAUCAGAAGCUCUGUUAAAUUUCUUCAACCCAGUGACUUGUCGCCCUAAAGAAGAUCAAGCAUUAGUUGCGUGCCCUGCAGGAGAGAAUAUUAACAAGACGACAUGCCUGGAAAAUAAAUGCUGUCAUUCCUCCAAAGGGAGGAGUGCCCUGAGUUGCUACAUCCCACUCCAAGAUGGUAAGUGUGCUUGUUCUCAAAGGAGGCUCCAAUUUAGCUCUCUAGAUCAUGCAUCAUUAAUGCAGCCUUGCAUCAAACCAACAGCACCCCAACAGACACUGCGACUGUUUGGCCUUGGAUUUGGAGGAGUGGUUAUUUUUGGAUGCCUUCCACUUUGCUGCUGUACUUAUUUGCAGAGAAGUUCUUGUACCAACCCUCUACGAAGACCAAACAAAGAAGUGGAGGAAAUUGUGAAGAAGCAGAGAGAGAGGCGUAAAAACAUUGGUAGUUUUUUACUGAAUUUGCUUAAAGAAGAUGCAGAGGAUCACAAGAGCAAGAAAAAAGAAAAUGAUGGUCAUUCAAUGGUGAUGCAAGUAUUGGUCCUGUUUCUGGAUAUUUACAUCAUUUGGUUUGUGUACGGUACCAUAGUUGCCAAGAUUUUGGUUCUUUUUCAGAAGGAGGCUGAACAGUUUUCUUUUUACCUCUCUGUUUCUACUGGUGAUUCUUAG